AUGAAGUGGUUCAAGGCUGGUCUUUUCCUUGCAUCUGUGCAAUUGUUAGCAACCGCUGUUACGGCUUAUGAGAAGCUCGACGCAUCCAAAUUCACCUUGAAGGGUCAUCCCAACCGAUACGACAGCCUUAUUGCCAAACUGGAUGAUGCUUUGCCCAACGUUAGUGUUGCUAAGGUGAUUGCCGACACCAACCAUCCCAUGAAGGCCUAUGCAGGCCACUCCAACUUUGUAAAGGAUUUCACAUGGGACAGAAAAGCAGGUUACAAUGACCAGGGAACAACAGGCUGGUAUCCUCAGGGUAUUACCACCUCCUCUGAUGCAUACGACAAGGGCACCUAUGGCAAAAACGAUAUCAUCCUUGCAUCUUGGUAUGACCACGACAAGGAUGGCGUUAACAAAGGUGUUCGCAUUUCUUUCAUUGACGCCAAAACCAAAAAGUAUCGCAACGUAUUGUUGGUUGUUCCUUCUACUUCCGCCAAGGGUCACAUCACCUUCCAUCCUGUCAAGGUCCAUGCAGGCGGCAUCAUGUGGUAUGGUGAUAAGCUCUAUGUCGUUGACACCAAGAACGGUAUCCGUAUCUUUGAUUUGAACCAUAUCUAUCAAGUGAGCAUUGGUAAUGGCAUUGGUCAUGUUGGCAAGGGCAAGUACCAAGCAUACAAGUACAAAUACGUUAUUCCCCAAUGGGGCCAUUAUCUCGCCGACAGUGCUGAAGCCAAGGACUUUAGCUAUUCCUUCAUUUCACUCGACCGCACCACUACCCCUGACUCUGUGCUUAUUGGCCAAUACGAUGUCAAGGGAACCAACAACCGCAUUGUUCGUUUUGAUAUUGAUGCCAAGACUCGUCUUUUGAAGCACUCCAGUGGCACCACCGCUACCGCUACCGAAUACUACAACAUGGGUUUGAAGUCCAUGCAAGGUGCUACAUCCGUCAAUGGCCGAUACUACUUUUCUUGCAGCCGUGGUCCUAGCAAAGCCAGUGACUUGUACACAUGGGUUGUUGGUGAAGAACCCAAGGUCCAUAAAGGCGUUUUAUCCGUCGGCAGUGAAGAUCUCGCCUACCGAAAGCAAAACGACGAGUUGUGGAGUUUGGGUGAACAUCCAAACAAGCGCCCUGUUUAUGCCAUCAAGGCAGGCAAUUAUUAA